AUGUCUUCACGACAAAGAAAAUCAGUAAAUACAGAGGCCAAAGAAACUAAGAGUGAGUUCGCACCAAGUUUAAAAGCACAAACGGGAAAAACUUGGGGUCGUGAUAGAGCUUUUGAUUCCGUAGCAUUACAAAAACUUCCUCAGUUUACUUGGGAUGGAUUAAAAAUAUAUGCAUUAUGGUUAAGUUUUCAGGCAAUUCUUUAUGCAGUAUUGCCAGCAAAAAUAGGAUAUGGUCAGCAAACGCCCGCAGGAUAUAUCUUACCUUAUAAAGUAAACGGGUUACUAGCUUGGUUUAUUACUCAUACUCUUUAUCUUGUGGGCGCAUUCUACUUCAAUUGGUGGGAUGCAUCAAUAAUCCAUGAUAAUUGGGGCUCUCUUCUCAUUGCGGCCUGCAUCUACGGAUACUCUCUUACAUUCUUUUCAUAUGCAAAGGCAUAUAUCAUGCCUUCACAUCCAGAAGAUCGUAAAUUUUCAGGAAGUUUCAUUUAUGAUUUAUUGAUGGGUAUUGAAAUGAAUCCACGUUUUGGGAAAUAUUGGGAUUUUAAAUUAUUUCAUAAUGGAAGACCUGGAAUUAUUGCUUGGACUUUAAUAAAUUUAUCAUUUGCCGCUGCUCAAUACAAUCAAAUUGGUGAAUAUGAUUUGUAA